AUGGCAUCUAACAGCUGCAGCGUGCCGCCCAACCACUACAUCCAUGUGGAGGAUCGCAACACCAUGAUUACCCGACUCGAAGUGGGGCCCCUCACCUUCACCCCCAAGGUGCAGGAGGACGUGGUGCUGGGUCCCACGCCGAUGGUGUUGGUGCCGCGCGACCACCACUGCGUAGUGCGCAACCCUGCCCUGCGGGACGACACAGGCGCCGUGGUGGUGGACAAGCACGGGAUGGUGCGCCUGAAGCACGGCGAUCGAGAGCUGCGCUUCUUCACGGGCGAGCCCUUCCCUCUCUACCCCGGCGAGGAGCUUGAGUGA